UGACAACACAACUGUAAAAUAUAAGAAAUUAAUAAUUUAUCUAAAUUUUUUAAUUCUUACUAAGUUAAAUGUCUUUUUUAGAUUAUAAUAACUAACUGUUGCCUGCUAACUUAAAAUAGGCAAGCAGUAUGUCAAAACCUGAAAAAAAUGUUAAAUCGGGAUUCGUUAUCAAACUAUCAUGUGAAACAGUCCUAAAACUUUCCGAACAAGAUAAUGAGAAGUCAAAAGAAGAAACAGCUGAAACAAUUGCAGAAAAUGCAAGAUAUAUGGACAUUGAGAAUGAUAAAAGCAACAAAACACAGGAUGUUGCGGAAUCCAAAGAGGUUCAUAAGUCAAGCGUUGAUGAAAAAAUAGAUGAACCCGUACAAGAAUGUAUACCAAAGGUAACUGAUAAUGUUACACUUACUAAGGGAAAACCAGCUGAUGCUUCAUCAUGGGGUGACUAUGCAGCAUAUGUGACUUAUAUAGGUGAUAAAGCUGUGUACACAGAUCCCACAAGCCAGCAGAAAUAUUUCUGGAAUCAAGAGACUAACUCUUGGGAUCCUAAUGAUACACAAGGCCGAGUAUAUAGCUAUGAGAAUGAUACUCAUGUUUACACAGAUGCUGAUGGUACCAAAUGUUUUUGGGAUGAAAAUAAAAAAGCUUGGUUACCUAAAGUUGAUGAUGAAUUUUUAGCCUAUUAUCUCAUGUCCUAUGGAUUUGUAGAUAACAGCAAAGAUGAGACAUUAAAAGAAAAAAAGGAACAAGAAGAAAAGAAGGCAGAUAAUAAAGCUGUUAAAAGAAAAAAUGAGCCACAGUGGUUUGAACAAUCAGAUGAUCAAAAUACUAAAGUGUAUGUAUCCAAUUUGCCUUUGGAUUUGAAUGAAGAGGAGUUUGUUAAUUUUAUGCAAAAAUGUGGAUUAGUGGAAAGAGACCCUACCACUAAGAAAAUGAAAGUAAAAUUGUACAUGGACAAAGAACAAAAUUGUUUCAAGGGUGAUGCUCUGUGCACUUAUAUAAAAAUUGAAAGUGUAGAAUUGGCACUCAAAUUACUUGAUGGUAGUGAUCUAAAAGGUAAUAAAGUUAAAGUUGAAAGAGCUCAUUUUCAACUGAAAGGAGAGUACAAUCCUGCUCUUAAACCUAAAAAGAAAAAGAAAAAAGAGUUGGAAAAAAUAAGAAAGAUGCAACAGAAUUUGUUUGGUUGGAAACCAGAGAAAUUAUUAGGACAAAGAUCCAAACAUGAAAAGGUUGUCAUAGUCAAAAAUCUUUUCCAUCCAAAAGACUUCAAUGAAGAUGUACAAUUGAUUUUAGACUAUCAAAGUGACUUGAGGGAGGAAUGUGCAAAAUGUGGAGAUGUCAGGAAAGUAGUUAUCUAUGACCAGCAUCCUGAGGGGGUAGCCCAGAUUACAAUGAAAGAACCAGAGCAAGCUGAUGCAGUUGUGCAACUUAUAAAUGGAAGAUGGUUUGGUAAGAGGCAGAUAACUGCUGAAAUAUGGGAUGGCUGGACCAAGUACAAGAUAGCUGAAACUGAUGCAGAAAUUAAUACUAGAUUAGAUAAAUGGGAUAAGUUUCUGGAAGGUAAAGAAGGUACCAAUGAAGCCAAGAGUUUAGAUAGUGGAGACAAAAGUAAAGAAGAUGAAACUACAGAAAAAGCUGUAAACAAAAAAGCUGAUAAGAUGGAAAGUGGUGUAUUAACUUCAGUUGACAAGGAAGAUAAUAAAAAUGAAUCUGAAAGUGCAAAUGUUGAUAAUGCAGAAGAAAAUAAAGUCGAAAGUAGUGCAGAAUCCGCUGUGCUGAAGCAAGUGGAUGAAUCAGAAAGUGGUUUAGUGACUUAAAGUACAUAUUGUAUAUU